AUGGCAAUGCCUCACAACUUGGCAGGAGAAAAUGGCUUCAACUUUACCCAGAAACUCAUUUUCUCCAGCCCAUCCAACCCAGCGGAGAACAGCCUUACUUUUGAUACGACCAGUCCCAAGGAAUCUUGCAACACUUCUGAGAGCAAUGGCACUUUAUACUCCAGCGCAAACAGCCCUUCGGACUCCUGCAUUAAACCCCUCUGUGACGAAGGACCCGAAAACAAGAGCCAGUUCAGCAAAGGCAUUAAAUACGUCUCCUCAGAAGGGGAAGUGCUGGUUUGCGGAUGGGGAGCCUUCACGCCGAGUUGUUUACAGUUCUUCAACACGCCCAAGGGGGUCUUGUUCUUCCUCUGCGUGGCUUCUUUCCUUCAGGGGAUGACCGUGAAUGGCUUCAUUAAUACAGUCAUCACCUCCAUAGAGCGGCGGUUUGAUCUCCGGAGCUACGAGAGUGGGCUGAUUGCCAGCUCUUACGACAUCGCUGCCUGUGUGUGCUUGACGUUUGUCAGUUACUUUGGGGGGAAUGGGCACAAACCGCGGUGGCUGGGGUGGGGGGUGUUGAUCAUGGGCAUUGGGUCGGUCAUCUUUGCGCUGCCCCAGUUCACCACCAGCCAAUACGAAGUACAUUUCUCGGAGGAGAUUGGCAUGUGCUCCUCCAAUCAGAGCAUGGGGUGCACAGAAAGCGUCUCCAGCCUCUCCAGUUACCGGUUUGUCUUCAUGCUCGGACAGUUCCUUCACGGGAUCGGAGCAACGCCAUUAUACACUCUUGGAGUGACCUAUUUGGAUGAAAAUGUCAAGUCCAACUAUUCCCCCGUGUAUAUCGGUAAGUGUCAGGCUUCAGGGAAUCAGCUUCCUCCCUCCGUGCCAGUAGAUAAGCAGAACAAAGGGAAAGGAGUCUUCUUACCAGUUAGAAACUUUAAUAAUCACAGCCAGAGAACAAAGAACCCAUCUCCAAGAAAGUGCAGUGCUCCCAAUUAAGAAUCCCACCCUUUUACGUCCCUAUGAAUCCAUGUCACUGCUGCGUCUUGUAAUCUGAGCUUGUCCCCUCUGUGAUUUGUGUCCUUUCUUUUCUGCCACUUUCUCAGCUCUUCUUGACCUUGGGGAGAGCGGAUGAAUGCUUUCCAGAGACAGUGGAUCUGUUAACCCUCUCUCUCCCAGUGUUUCAUCUCCUAGCUGUUCCCCACCCAGUAUUUCCCAGCUACUGCCUUCUGAAACUGUGCCCCUCUGCAAACCACUGUUCCAAAUCUAUACUGUCCUCCUGCUCCUGGGAAGAUUCAGCAGCAGGGGAAGGGGGAGGCUCCCACCAUUCCUCCUUAGUACAGCCCUCCUCUGUCAUGGCGGGCAUGUUGGUGUUGCUUUCUCCUUCCCAUACACCUGCCCCAUUGGAUAGAUUUGGAGGGUAGAAUAAGAUAUUAGUUAUUAUUUAUCCUUAUAUUGCCUCCUUGUACAAGAGCACCAGCUGUCUAGCAGACUACAUCCUUAGCUCCACAAGGCAAGCCUGAUCCUUGCAGCAUUGUCACACAAUGCUCUUCCCCGCCCCAUCUCAAUGAAUUAUAGUACACACAAAAGGAAGCAUUAGUCACAGGUGUAGCAAUUAGCCAGCUUGAGUGCUGAAGAGCUGUGCAAUGCAAAGGAGUUAAUGAGUUCUCCCUCUGCGACUGCCUGCGUAUCAUUCAUCAGCCACAAAAUGGAAUCAAGAAACAUCCCUCCUCUUGUCAUCUACAGAAGGGGUAAGCCCUAAGAUUUAUUCAGGCACAGUGAAUUAAUUGCAGUCCUAUUAUUAUUAUUUCUACUACUAAUACUACCAUUAAUUUUAUAAUUGCCUUCUAAGCCACCAUCUCAGUGCAAUUUGCACAGAGGAUUAUUAAGUCUUAAAUUCAGUUCUCCACAUUUCAAUUUCUGUUUGCAAUUUUAUUUUAUUUUUAAAAAAGCAAGUCUUCAUGAGAAUUCAUCAGCAUUUGAGUGCAAAAUUCUCCAAACGUGCGUCUUUGUAUGCAAUUUUCGCAUUUCCCUCUGAAACAAUACAUUUUUAUGUGAUUUUUCACACUUUAACACAGGAUAUGCAUUUUUGGAUACAUUGCUUGGUUGGAGAACUGCCAAAGUUGGAGCAGUCUGAAUUUCAAAGGAUGGCUGUGUUUCAUUUCUCGUACUGUUUCAGAGAGUGAGAAUUACACAGAUUCGCCUUUAAAUGCAAUCUGAAUCAAAUUUCUCCUCCAUCUCUGGACCCACCUAUGGCAAAAAUUAAUAAGUGAACAGCACUUAAGCUUUCCCUUUGCAGUACUAAUGUGGGCGAACGAACAUCUGUUCCCCAGUGAUAGCGAGAGAACGUUGGGAACUUGGAGAUACUGAUGGUACAUCUGCAAUGAAUUCCCUCCCCCCUCCAAAAAAAAUCUGAACUUCAGCAAAACUUUAGAAUUCAGAACUGACUUUUUGAAUUUUGAACUUUUUCAAGUGUCUCUCUUGAUAUCUUUCUUUUUCAGCUAUUUUCUACACUGCUGCCAUAUUGGGUCCUGCAGCUGGCUAUCUGGUUGGAGGGAUCUUUCUGAACAUCUACACCGAAAUCGGAAGACAGUAAGUUUAGCAUUCUUUAUCUUGGACACAGCAAAUUCUUGUUAAACCUUUUACCUAGGUUUUUUGUUGUUUUUAAAAGUAAAGACACAGGCGAUCUGCUCUCAUCCUGCUGAACUCUAAAACAGGCUUCAAACAUGAAAUGUAGCUCAACUCCAGCAUUUUCAGAAAAUCACUUCACACAUUAUACGUAAGGCCAAGUAUCAUACAAGUCCUGUUAUGCAUCUUAGCUCAGUUGAUAGAGCAAGAGAUUCUUAAACUCAGAGUCAUGGGUUUGAGCCCACAUUGGGCAAAAGUUUCCUGCACUGCAAGGGGUUGGACUAGAUGACCCUCGUGGUCAUUUCAAACCUUCCAAUUCUAUGAUCCUAUGAUCAACUUCAAUUGGCUGCAACUUUCUAGCCCCAGUGGAUGACAGCCCCAUAGCGGCGAUGGCUGUGCUCUUCCUCAACUGCUGAUUUUAUUUAUUUUAUUAAUUAAAUAUUAGCUUCUCGCUGCAAGAGCAUAAGAACUGUGAAGGCCUCUAUCAUCAGUCACAGGAAGCUCCAAUGACAUUCAUUCAGAAUUUUAGCCCAUUCACUUCUGAUGACUUGGACCAUAUUGAAGCAUGCAUAGCUUUAAACAAACAAACAAACAAACAAACAAACAAAUUCUUAUUUAUAUCCCGCCCUCCCCAGCCGAAGCCUGGCUCAGAGUGGCUAACAACAGUAAAAGUAACACAGUUUACAUAAAAUCACAAUCAAUUAAUUGAAGUACAUUCUAAAAUCAAUUCAUACUAAAAUCAAUUCGGAAUCAAAUUAAUGGCAACCAUUGGGCUAGAGUUCUAUGAGGAUUGCCAAAGGAUAAUCAGACUGUGCCUUGGCCAAAGGCCUGGUGGAACAGCUCCGUCUUGCAGGCCCUGCGGAAAGGUGUCAAGUCCCGCAGGGCCCUGGUCUCUUGUGACAGAGCGUUCCACCAGAUCGGGGCCACAGCCGAAAAAAACCCUGGCUCUGGUUGAGGCAAGCCUAACCUCCCUGUGGCCCGGGAACGCCAACAUGUUUUUGUUUGAAGACCGUAAGGUCCUCUGUGGGACAUACCAGGAGAGGCGGUCCCAUAGGUAUGAAGGUCCUAGGCUGUAUAGGGCUUUCAAAAGAGGAUGAGGUUAUCAAUGGCUACCAGCCCUGCUGGCUAUGUUCUACCUCCACUGAUGGAGAUAACCUUUCUCUGAAUCCUAGUUGCUGAGAAUCACAAGUGGGGAGAAGGUGUUGUUGCUUCCCAGAGGCUUCUGGCUGGCCAAUGUGACAACAGAGUGCUGGAUUAGAUGGGUCUUUGGCCUGAUCCAGCAAGGUUCUCCUGAUGCUCUUAUUAUAUUCCAUGUAGAAAGUCUCAGGUUCAGUCUUUGAACCAGGCAGGGCUGGAGACAGCAGCCUGGAACCAGGAACUAGAAGCUGGGGAUAAAAAGGAAUCCAGAGCAUAGGGUAAACCUGGUGGCAGAACAGGAGAACAUCAGGGCUAGAGCGACAUCAGGAUAAUCAGGUGAACCAGGAUCAAAAACAUCACAAUUCAGGUACACUCCAGGUAUUAUGGCAUCCUAGCCAUUCCAGUACAACUGUGGUACUCUAGAUGCUAAAGGAGAGGCCAUAUUUGCAUGGCAGAACAGAUGACUUGAAUGUGGAAGGUCACAUGUGAUUUCCCACUGGUAGGGCUGGGAGGGAAAAACUUCUGCCCAUGCCCUGGACAGCCACCAACCAUAACAUUAGACGAUAAUGGUCUAGAUAAUGGUCUAAUCGGCUCUGGAUCCAUUCCAGUCCGGCUUCCGCGCUGGUCAUGGGACCGAGACGCCUCUGGUCGCCCUAACAGAUUAUCUCCACAGGUAGCUGGAUCAAGGCGGGUUGGGGCUGCUGAUUCUUCUAGAUCUGUCAGCAGCCUUCGUCAUGGUCGAUCAUGAACUCCUGGACCACUGCCUUGCCAACGUGGGGAUCCAGGGCACAGUCCUUCAAUGGCUGCGCUCGUUUCUCUCUGGUUGGGGACAGAGGGUGGCGCUUGGGGGGGAAUUGUCAUCGUUCCACUCCUUGGUGUGUGGAGUGCCUCAGGGUGCGAUACUCUCCCCGAUGAUUUUCAACAUCUUUAUGCGCCCCCUCACCCAGCUUGUCUGGAGUUUUGGGCUGGGUUGCCAUCAGUAUGCUGAUGACACCCAACUCUAUCUGUUGAUGGAUGGCCAUCCUGACUCGGCCCCAGACACACUGAUCACAUGUUUGGAAGCUGUGGCUGGAUGGUAACGUGGGAGCCGGUUGAAGUUAAAUCCUUCGAAGACAGAGGUCCUUUGGCUGGGAAGGGACGAUAUGGGAUUGGGGGGGCAACUCCCAUCUCUUGCAGGGGUGCAAUUAGUGCCAGCACCGUCCGUUAAGAGUUUUGAUGUAAUCUUCGACACCUCCCUUUCCAUGGAGGAGCAGAUUGUAGCUACAACAAAGGCGACAUUUUUUCAUCUCCACCAAGCUAAGCAGUUGGCUCCUUACCUUUCUCGCCCUGACCUAGCCACUGUGAUCCACGCGACGGUCACCUCCAGACUGGAUUAUUGUAACUCGCUCUACGUGGGGCUGCCCUUGAGACUGACCCAGAAACUCCAGCGGGUGCAGAAUGCCAUGGCAAGACUCCUUAUGGGGUCCUCGCUGCGAGAUCACAUUCACCCGGUUCUAUACCAGCUGCACUGGCUCCCGGUGGGGUACAGGAUCAGGUUUAAGGUGCUGGUUUUAACCUUUAAAGCCCUCUACGGCCUAGGACCCUAGGACCUACGGGACUGACUCUCCAGAUGUCCCACAGAGGAACUUACGGUCUUCAAACAAAAACAUCCUGAAGGUCCCAGGCCACAGAGAGGUUAGGCUGGCCUCAACUAGAGCCAGGGCUUUUUCGGCUGUGGCUCCAAUCUGGUGGAACGCUCUGUCACAAGAGACUAGGGCCCUGUGGGACUUGACAUCUUUCCACAGGGCCUGCAAGACAGAGCUGUUCCACCAGGCCUUUGGUCAGGGCACAGCCUGACUCCCUCCUUUGGCAAUCUUCACAGAACUUUAGCCUAAUGGUUGCCAUCAAUUUGAGUUGAAUUAAUUUUAAUGAAAUGAUUUUAGAAUGUUGUAUUAUUUUAUUGUUGUUAGCCGCCCUGAGCCCGGCUUCGGCUGGAGAGGGUGGGAUAUAAAUAAAUAUUAUUAUUAUUAUUAUUAUUAUUAUUAUUAUUAUUAUUAUGUGACCAAACGGUUCCUUUUGGAAGGUUUAUCUGUUCAUGGUUGUUUCUACAAGGAAGUCCCAUGCAAAAAAAAAUUGUUCAACAUAAGGGUGAUUUAAGGGUUCUCUCUGGGGUCAAGGGCACCUUUGGGAAGGCAGAAGGAUAAUACUGUGCUAUUUUUCAGGAGUGCUUUUAUCUCUGGCCAAAGCACUGCUCAUGGAGUGAUUACUGCAGCAAUAAGCAAUUAAGUGGUCCUAUGAAUUAAGGGCAUAUGCCAAAUGCACAGAUAAUUUUGGUUAAAAGAAAGGGAGGCCGUUUGACCUGUGCUGAUAAUUUUGCUAAAGCUAUUGGCAGAUAUUAAAAACUCUGCUCACUCGCUCUGUUUUGGUAUUUCGAUCUUGCGUAGAAACUUUCAUCUUACAUUAAUUUAAGCAGUUAAGCCUACAAUCUAUUAAUCUUGAAUCCCAGAGUGGGCCUUUGAGCCUUGACGUGAGCCCAGCCUGCUAAAUUCCAACUCAAGUGGAAUUCAGGUUCAUUUCUAAACAUUGCAAAAUGCUUCCCUCGCCUUCAAAAGUCUCCACCUGUCUGGGAAGUAGGGGCACUAUGACAUCGUCAUAAGCUUUUUGCCUAGAUCAUCCCUGGCUUGUUCUUGGCUGACGUCAGUUUGUCAGAAUACGGGAAGAGAAUUUUCAUAAACAAGUAACCUUCCUCUUCUGCCCUUUACCUGCAGAAUUGAUCUUACACCGGACAAUACUCUGUGGGUUGGAGCUUGGUGGAUUGGAUUCCUGGGUGCAGGGGCUGGAUCCCUUUUGAUCUCAAUCCCCAUCUUGGGGUACCCUCAUCGCCUGCCAGGUAGGUCAAGAGUGUCCCAACUAAACUCAUUUUGCAGCACAGCAGUCCUUGCCCUUCUCAAGAGAGUGGAGGGCUGCCAAGUGGCAGGGAUACUAAUACUGUACCCCUCCUGUCCUGAUAAGGAGCAGGAGAGGCCAUAGCAUAGCAUUGGUGCACCUGCUUUGCAUGCAGAAAAUCCCAGGUUCAGUUCCAUGGCAUCUCCAGGUAGGGCUGGGAAUGUCCCCAGCCUGAAACUUUAGAGAGCUGCUGUAACCCAGUGUAGGCAAUACAGGACUUCAUGGACAAACAAAGUGGCCCAGAAUAAGGCAGUUUCCCAUGAUGUUCUUAAGAAUGUGGUCAGAUUCUCUUUCAGCAUGUGGCUGGACAAUACAGAUAGGCAGCAUAACAAAUGGUAAGGCUUGGGAAAUAGUUCAUUCUGCUUACCAUUCUGUUAAUCAAAAUACAAAAUAACCAGUGGUCUUGUUUGUACGUUAUGCUCCACCAAACCAUGGCCUAGCACGGAUGUACCAGCUAGCUGGCAGUGGACCGACUGAAUCCUGGAGCCCUGGGAGACGAAUAGGGAAAGGAAACAGAAUUUGCAGAACAGCGUGCCUUUGUUAAUCUGCCAUUGUUAUGCCCUGUGUGUUAUCAUUUGAACCUCGGUCAUGCUGUGCAUAUUUGCCUGUGGAGGGGGAGAAAUGAAAGCAAUGCAAAUUCUCUCCCCCGCAUCUUCCUCCUCCGGCGUCUCGUUUGCUCAGUUGCCUUCCUUGCCCUCUCAGGCCUUGUCCCAAAUCACUUUGAAACAAGCUGACGAGCUUUUUGCAACUUGCUUGAUGACACACACAUGGUGUCCUAAGAUUCCCUCACCCUCCCUUUUCAUUGUGCGAUACUUUUGGAUAGCCAAGCUCAGAGCAGACAAGGCACUGAAGUUCUCCGCUCAGCCUCUGGAUCAGGCCUGCUGCUGCCUUUUAUGCCAUUUCCCCCCUGCUCACCUCCUUCUGAUGUGUCAAUUGACCUUCUCUUGGUCUGUUGGAGUUGCGGAUAAUGUUUCAUGCACUGAACUCUACACGGGAGGGUUGGUAUCUUGCUGCUGAGCACAUGAUUUGCAUGUAAAAGGGUCCCAGGGUUCAAUUCCUGACAUUCGCAAGCAGAGCUAGGAAAUACCUUUGUCUAGAGAGCCUUUGCCACUGCUGGUUGGUGUAAGGUGGAAACUCUGUGGCCUUCCAUGAGUUGGCGGCACGCCUGUGCAGGCAGCAAAACCAGGACAUUGAUUGGGUCUCUGUUGGGCCACCAUAGAUAGCUGAUGACUUGUGGCCCAAUCCUAUCCUGUGAGCAGUGGUGGACCUACAUUUUUGUGGCCCCGAAGCUUGAAGUGUCAUGGGGGCCUCUUUACGACCAACAAUGAGGUCUGGGUAACCACUGUUACCUGCUUCAGUGGGGUUGUUCCAUAACAGAUCAGCACACCUUUACAACAUCUGUGCUACUGACUCUCAAACUUUGAGAUUGCAGACCCUCCAACAGUCCCUAUUUUCCAGGGACAGUCCCAGAUUCGCAGAAGCCAUCCUGGUUUCUGAUCUGAUCCCAUAACAUCCUGCUUUGCCUUAGGAUGUCCUUCCUUUCAUCAGAAAAAUGUUGGAGGGUAUGGUAGGACAUCUCUAUUUUCAUCAGAGAAAUCUUGGAGGGUAUGGAGUUAUGUGACCCUCGAGCCAAGGAGAUAAGUAACUAUACAACUUUUAGAAGACAUCUGAAGGCAGCCCUGUAUAGGGAAGGGGUUUUUAAAAAAAGUUUAAUGUUUUUGAAUAUGUUGGAAGCUACCCAGAGCUGCUGGGGCAACCCAAUCAGAUGGGUGGGGUAUAAAUAAUAAAAAUUAUUAUUAUUAUGGAAUAAUAGGAAGUCCUUAUUUUCAUCAGAGAAAUCUUGGAGGGUAUGGGAUUGUGGAAAUAUAUGCAACAAAAAAAUAAAUGAAUUCGGGUCGUGCCACUCAAAUUGGGUCUGCUAGACCCCAGAAUUUUAAGCAAUGUGAACUAAAAUUGCUUCUGCAGCCCUGAAGCUUAAACUUCAUUAUUUCCAUAGGAAACCCUUCCCUGACUGUGAGGUAGGCAACACUGAGAGAUAGUGACUAGCCCAUGGCCUCUCAGUGAUAUUCAUGGGCAAGUGUGGAUUUGAAUGCUGUCCUCCCCUGUCCCAGAUGCAUAUUCUAGCCAAGGACACUACACAGGCUCAAAAGGCACGGAGAUCAGAGGUCAGAACUGGCAAGCAGGUUGAUAUUUGGAAAGGGCACUCUCUACAACCCCCAGCCAUUUGAACACUGCAUGGAGGACGUUUCUGAAUUGGGACGAGCCCCCAGUCUGGCCAAAUCCCCCGGCUGCAAGGUGCACACUGAAUUUUGUAUGUUUUCAGGUUCUCAGCGCUACAUAGUCAUGAGAGUUUCAGAGGCCCAUCAGCUGAAAGACGGCAGCCACAAAACAGCCUCAGAUCCUGACUUUGGGAAGACGGUUAAAGACCUGCCACGGUGAGAACUUCUUGUACCUGUCGUUCAGAUAACUGUGUAUUUUAUUGGGGGAGGGAGUGUUAUCUUAACAAUUUAUUUCUUAACUGUCUUUAAACUCUGCAACAGUCUUGCUCCUUCCCCCUGGAUCUUCAACCACAAACAAGUUAAUGUUCUGCCACAUUGUGGCACGGGAAAUGGAUGUUACAGAUUGGGGAAUAAAUUUGAUUCACUUCACAAUUAAAGGUGAAUCUUCCUAAUUUGCACUUUCCAUAACAAAACUGACACCGUCCUUCAAAAUUCGCACUUCUCAGAAUCUUUUCAGUACUGUUCUCCGCUUAAGUAAUUUGAGCAAGAAUGCAAAUAUAUUAGAAUAAAGUGUGAAUAAAAAUGCAUAUAUGCGUGAAAAUAACAUACAAAAAAUGUGUUAUGUUACGGAAUGUUGCUUUACCAAAACAAAUGUGUCCAUUAGACAAUAUUGCAUACAAAAAUCUGGGUAUUGGGAGAAAUUUGUACAAAAAUACUAUGGUAUACAUUUUCAUGAGGUGUGUGUAUAUAUAUAUAUAUAUAAUUUCAAACUAGUGUAGAAAUGUUGAAAACUGAACUUAUGAGUGGAAAAAUGAAAAACUGAGGGAAAUCGAAAUUGACAUAUUCACCACUGCCUUACACUAGCCAUUACUGCCCAUUGAGUACAAUCCAUUGCUAUUGGCUAACAUGUCCUUUGCCAACCUGGGAUCUUCCAUAUAUUUUGAAGUACAACUCCCAUCCUCAUGAUGGGAGAGAUCUUCCAUAUCACCUAGUCUAGAGAACACCAAGUUAGGAAAGGCUGCCUUAAGCAAAAGACAUUUAUUUACAUGGUGACUGAUAAUUAUUGCAGUAUAGCAUUUUGUAGGCACAACCUAUGAAACCAAGUCCUCCUGAUUUCACUGGGAAUGAUUUAGAGAACUGGUCGACCUGAAAGUGCAUCGCUUUGACUAGAGCAGCCUUUGCUAACCUUUCCAGAUGCUUUGAACUACAAUUUCCAUCAGCCCCAGUCAGGCCGAGCUAAGUGACAUCAGAGCUAAAGAGAGGCACUGAAUACAGUGGUACCUCGGGUUACAGACGCUUCAGGUUACAUACGCUUCAGGUUACGGACUCCACUAACCCAGAAAUAGUACCUCAGGUUAAGAACUUUGCUUCAGGAUGAGAACAGAAAUCAUGCUCCGGUGGCGUGGCAGCAGCAGGAGGCCCCAUUAGCUAAAGUGGUACCUCAGGUUAAGAACAGUUUCAGGUUAAGAACGGACCUCCGGAACGAAUUAAGUUCUUAACCUGAGGUACCACUGUAGUAGUAUGUGCUUGGACAUCACAGGGGAGUUCAGAUGACCCCUGCUACAGCAGCAGACAUUGGGAGAAUACACAAGAGGGGGGUCUUCAGGCUCUGCAAGCCAGUCAGUCUCCCUCUCUGUGCUUUUGGCCAACACGUGAAGUGAUUCGACGUCCAUACUAGUGUAAGGACACAGAUCCUGGCCCAAUUGAGACUCCCCCCUUGCAUGGAACAGCUAUGAUGCCAGACAGUGCAGUCAAGCUUAUAAAGUAACAAGAUGGUCUCUUCUACAGAUCUCAGCAUCCAAGAGGGUCUGUAGGCAGGAGAUGGUCUUUUAGAUGUUUGGGUCCUGAGUCAUUCAGAAAACUGUCCUCUGUGAAGUAGGGUUCAUGACCACCCUAGUUGACUAGAUUUCUCCCCCAUCCCCAUGUGAUCAGGGUAGAAUCAUUACUACAUGACGUUCUUUACACCCACAUUUCCAAUGCACUGCUAAAUGUUCUUAUGCACCUCGUGUGUUUUAUUAUUCAUUUAUUUUGAACGAUGCCUAAACUGCUUAAUCAAAGCUCAGUCGGUAGAGCAGGAGACUCUCCAUCUCAGAGUUAUGGGUUCGACCCCCACCUUGGGCAAAAAUGGAACCAGAAUUACCGUAGUUAGCUCUGCCUGUCAUUGGCUCUGGCUCCACCUAUCGUUGGCUCUGCCACUGCCUGUCAUUGACUUGGUUCCUCCUCCUCCUAGCCUCCCUGCCUUUUAGUGGGACGCAGGUGGCACUGUGGGUUAAACCACAGAGCCUAGGACUUCCCGAUCAGAAGGUUGGCAGUUCGAAUCCCCACGAUGGGGUGAGCUCCUGUUGCUCAUUCCCUGCUCCUGCCAACCUAGCAGUUCGAAAGCACGUCAAAGUGCAAGUAGAUAAAUAGGUACCACUCUGGCGGGAAGGUAAACGGCAUUUCCGUGUGCUGCUCUGGUUCGCCAGAAGCGGCUUAGUCAUGCUGGCCACAUGACCUGGAAGCUAUACGCUGGCUCCCUUGGCCAAUAAAGCAAGAUGAGCGCCGCAACCCAGAGUCGUCCGUGACUAGACCUAAUGGUCAGGGGUCCCUUUACCUUUACCCAUCACCCAUCACCCAUACCCAAUACCCAGACACACACGUACCUGGGUGUUUACAAAUAGUUAUGGAUGUGCAUCAAGUCCAAAUGCUGCACAUUUUCUGCCAGGAAUACUGGCUUUUGCCUCACCAGCCUCAAUAGGAACCAGACAACACUGGGUUUGUGUAAUAAAAUCAAAGGUAAAACACAGCUAAAACUCGCAGUAACUAUAUUAAAAUGUGCACAAAAUAAUUCUCAUUCAAACGCAGAUAAGUAAAAAUAUAGGCAACAGCAGUCUAUGCCUUGGUAGGCCUGCUGAAAUAAAUAAUAAUAGAGGAUAAUAAAGGAUGCCAGUGGGCUUAAGCACCCAUAAGUCUCCUCUGGCGUGUGGCCCACCUGGGUUGGUUGCCAGGCAAUUUGUAUGUAUUAUGCAGAAAGAGUAUCCUGAAGAAAUUUCAGCCUAGUUAUUGAGUGAAAUUCUUGACUUGGUGCCACUUUCCAAGAUUAUGGCUCAGUUCUUCUAUAAGGAAAUUAAAUUCAGAAAUAGCAUUUAAAUGCUGGUCGGCGUAUGACCCAAACAACAGAGAUGCAAAAUAGAAGCCGAGAACUCAAGAGUUUGCUUUACUUUUCACUCCAGGUGCUUAUCUUCAAGUGCUUAUCCACCCAUGAUUUACAGGCCUUCUAGCUUCAGGGAGCCUUCCCUCAGAAUAAAAACGACACAGCACAAAAGGAAAGGGGGCAGGGAAGGAAAAGGAAAACAGCAAACUCAGGGUGGAAUUCAACAUAGCACUAAGGUAUUGUGCUGCCAGCACAAACGUUUCUGCUUGGCUGAUGGGAUGAUCUCCCCUCCCGCCCCCCUCCCUGUGCUAUGUUCUAGGGUUUUUCUAGAGUUGAUUUGGGGGAGCCAUGGGGGUGCAUGGAGGAAGGGGAGGGUGUGGAAGGCCCCAUUGCACUACUGAGACAGGUAAACGGCGUUUCCGUGUGCUGCUCUGGUUUGUCAGACGCGGCUUACUCAUGCUGGCCACAUGACCCAGAAGCUGUACGCCGGUUCCCUCAGCCAAUAAAGCAAGAUGAGCUCCGCAACCCCAGCGUCAGUCACGACUGGACCUAAUGGUCAGGGGUCCCUUUACCUUUACCUUUAUACAAAAGCCUGCAGAAAUAGUUUCUGCUCCCUGGUUUCCAACAGACAACUGUUUGACCACCGUGAGAGCAGUUUGCUGGACUAGCUGGGCCUGAUCCACCAGGCUCUUCUUAUUUUCUUAUGCACUCCUCUGAUCGACAUAUUUCUGGUGUCGCUAAUUUCUUUUUCCUAAAUUCAUAUAGAAUGGAAACAUUGCAAAGCACUGUCCCCUGCAAAGCACAACAAAUUGAAUGAAAUCUGGUACAAGCAAGUCUUGUUCUCAAAGUAACAUUUAAGAACAAGAUUAGCUUUCUGUGGAUUUUGCUGGUUAGAGACAUGUAAUUCUCACUAACUGUUGUGUUCCUGAACCACAUGCCUAUCUGAGAAAACACCCGGGGAGAGAGGAUAGUUCAACAGUUGUUGUUACAGAACAUCAUCAAAAAGGAUCAGAGAAGGUCAGCUGUUUCUCAGUCGAUAACAGAAAACUUAACACUAUCUUUCCUUUCAUUUUCCUGCAUCUCGUGUUUACUGAAGAUGAUGAAGAUGAAACAGAAGGGAGUCAGUGUUGCAUUUUUAUAAAUUAACUAGUGGCUGCCACCUCUGCUUUGUUGUUCUCCAACCCUAACUACCCCUGGCUUCAUGCAAAUGCAGAAUUCUGAUGAGAUGCUACAAAUUCUCCAAUGGGAGCUGCGUGGUGACAGCCUUACAUGUGUAUUUAUAUAGGAAGAAAGCAAUAGUUAUGACCUAGCCUGCUGGGGCUGAUGGGGGGCUGUAGUCCAAAAUAUCUAGAUGCUCCCAGGUUGGUGAAAGCCCAUUCACCAUAACUAGUUCUACAAAUUGUUCCCAUGAAAAUUAGAAUGACUUUAAAGUUCUGGAUUGUAUGGGUUGUGUCCCAAGACAGUUAAAGUUUGUAAUCAAAUAAUUGUUUCAUGCUUCAAAACAAUGCCAUUUUUGCAGACCAUGGGUUGGUAGGGCUGCCAUGUGCCCUGUUUUUCCCAGACACGUCCAGAAAUUUGGCCAGAAAAUCUUGUCCGGGUGAAUUUUUGGCAAAUCAGCAAAAUGUCUGGGGAAACCCAGAUGUAUGGAGAAGAAGAAGAAGAAGAAGAAGAAGAAGAAGAAGAAGAAGAAGAAGAGUUUGGAUUUGAUAUCCCGCUUUAUCACUACCCUAAGGAGUCUCAAAGCAGCUAACAUUCUCCUUUCCCUUCCUCCCCCACAACAAACACUCUGUGAGGUGAGUGGGGCUGAGAGACUUCAGAGAAGUGUGACUAGCCCAAGGUCUCCAGGCAGCUGCAUGUGGAGGAGCGGGGAAUCGAACCCGGUUCACCAGAUUACGAGGCCACCGCUCUUAACCACUACACUCACACUGGCAAGUGGAUGAUGAUGAUGAUGAUGAUUAUAUCAUUUAAAAAUUCAAAAAAAGGCCAAAAAGGGAGUGGGGAAACAGCUCAACAGCUUUGUCCAGAUUUUCACUUUUGGGAAUAUGGCAACCCUAUGUGCUGGUCCUACCAUGAAGGAAUGCAAAGCAUUGCUCUACAUUAGGCAUGGCCAGUGUGGUGCCCCUGGGCACACGGUGGCCACCCCUGUCUCUUCUCCACCUCACUGAAAUUAUGUUUGAACCAUGCAUCCUAUUGUAGCCAAAAGAAUACAGUGGUACCUCAGUUUACAGAUGCUUCAGGUUACAGACUCCACUAACCCAGAAAUAGUACCUCGGGUUAAGAACUUUGCUUCAGGAUGAGAACAGAAAUCAUGCGGUGGCGGCAGCAGGAGGCCCCAUUAGCUAAAGUGGUACCUCAGGUUAAGAACAGUUUCAGGUUAAGGACAGACCUCCAGAACGAAUUAAGUUCUUAACCCGAGGUACCACUGUAGCUUGCAGAUUGUUCUGAGUUGUGGUGUAGUGUAGCACCAAUGACAGUAACUGUGGCUUGCAAGUGUGCCCCCAAAGACUGGUAGACCUGGCUGGUACAGCCAUGGACCAGCUUGUCAGCAACAUCUUCCUCCUUCCUUUUCUAAGCACUUCUCAGAAGGCAGAGCUAGACACACCUGUAUUCCAAGGCAGGGCAGAUACACCUGUAUUCCAAGGAGUCGACACUCAUCACAUCAGUGCAGUGGUUCAGUAUGAGUUGUAGUGAUGGCUCAAAGGAAGUAAUAGUGCCACUGUAUUCUGCUCUGGUCAGACCUCACCUGGAGUACUGUGUCCAGUUCUGGGCACCACAGUUCAAGAAGGACACUGACAAACUGGAACGUGUCCAGAGGAGGGCAACCAAAAUGGUCAAAGGCCUGGAAACGAUGCCUUAUGAGGAACAGCUAAGGGAGCUGGGCAUGUUUAGCCUGGAGAAGAGGAGGUUAAGGGGUGAUAUGAUAGCCAUGUUCAAAUAUAUAAAAGGAUGUCACAUAGAGGAGGGAGAAAGGUUGUUUUCUGCUGCUCCAGAGAAGCGGACAUGGAGCAAUGGAUCCAAACUACAAGAAAGAAGAUUCCACCUAAACAUGAGGAAGAACUUCCUGACAGUAAGAGCUGUUCGACAGUGGAAUUUGCUGCCAAGGAGUGUGGUGGAGUCUCCUUCUUUGGAGGUCUUUAAGCUGAGGCUUGACAACCAUAUGUCAGGAGUGCUCUGAUGGUGUUUCCUGCUUGGCAGGGGGUUGGACUCGAUGGCCCUUGUGGUCUCUUCCAACUCUAUGAUUCUAUGAUUCUAUGAAAAGCCAGGAGACCUCAACCCAUGGAUCAGGUUACUGAUACUACAGUUGGGAUUUCAUUCCUCCCUUGCUGGAUGUGUGAUUGUUUUCAUCACAUGUAUGUGUUGACAUUCCAUACUGUUGGAGUCAUGAGAAUGGAUGUUCAGUUAUACUCUUCCGUUAUGUUGUACUAUUGCUUUUAGUCUGUUUUCUCUCUUGGAGAAGAAGAAGGAAAGAGGAGCCAUGUUCCUUUGUUCUGUAACACUUGUAUAUACAGUGGUACCCGUGGUACAAACGCUUCAGGUUACAAACUCCACUAACCUGGAAGACUUACCUUGAGUUGAGAACUUUGCCCCAGGAUGAGAACGGAAAUUGUGUGCCGGUGGUGCAGCGUCAGCAAGAGGCCCCAUUAGCGAAAGCCAGUGUGGUGUUGUGGUUAAGAGCGGUGGACUCGUAAUCUGAUGAACCGGGUUCGAUUCCCUGCUCCUCCACAUGCAGCUGCUGGGUGACCUUGGGCUAGUCACACUUCUCUGAAGUCUCUCAGCCCCACUCACCUCACAGAGUGUUUGUUGUGGAGGAGGAAGGGAAAGGAGAUUGUUAGCCGCUUUGAGACUCCUUCGGGUAGUGAUAAAGCAGGAUAUCAAAUCCAAACUCUUCUUCUUCUUCUCUAGUUAAGAACAGUUUCAGGUUAAGAACGAACCUCUGGAACAAAUCAAGUUCGUAACUAGAGGUACCACUGUAAUAAAGUAGCUUAGAUUCCACACCUCAAAUGCCUAGCUUUUGCUUGGACUCUGCUAUCAGAUUAGGUGCAUAUAUCUUCGGAUAUAUGUCACAGAAGUGCAUCGGGAAAGAGUGAUGAAUCACUCCGAUCGUCACUUGUGGGGAAGAACGCAGCUGCCUGGCGUUUUCCAAGUUGGUUCAGAAGCCCAGUGCAGUUUACUACGUACCAACAACUGCAAGUCUUCCCUGGGCUGCAACUGUGCUGUCACUUCCAUUGCAAAGGGGGUAAAGGACUUUAUAAAGUUGUAUAACAAAGAGAUUCAACUUGGUGCAGAAGAAAUCCUGUUGAAUUUGGUUGCUCUUCAUAUCCGAGAGAGGGAUAGAUAAUUGGGACCAUCUUAGUUCCCCAAGGCCUUUUCUGUACCCAAGAGAAAGGCUCACAGCUGGAAUCACUUUCUGGAGAAAAAUACAGAAAUAAUUGCCACAUGUCGUAUAUGCUAAAAUAUCUUUCGACACCCGUCCUGCAGAGGGCUUAUUCAUAUGUCCAGUUCCUGGGUACUGUUUAAUUAUUUGGUUCUUAUUUCCACAUGUAUUAAUGUCAGUGUUCUGUGUUUUCCCAUCUAGUUUUCUUUAAAUUGGGGGUGGGGAACCUUUUUGGGGAGGAAUAAAGGGCCAUAUUUCCUUGAUUAAAAGAUGUUGGGGCCACAUUCCAGCUGUCAGAGUGGGUGGGGGCAGUUGCAAACACAACCAUAUACCUUUAUGCUAAUCACAAGUUCAUGCAGGAAACAAUUUCCAUGGAAACAGAGACAUCUAUUUAAUUCUCAGUAAAUCCACUUAAGUUUCAGCUUCCAUUUUCUCCACAUACAUUCUCACAUCAAGUUGUUAAAAAAGGAACACGAACUUUUUAUCUGCCCUGACCGUGCAAAAGUUCAAAAUAAUCAAGUGACGCCUGCAUAAGGAUAAAUGGAUAAGAUAAAUGAAUAGCCGAAUUUCAAGUCUUGCCAUACAGCUUUCCAAAACUUCAAAAUGCAAGUGCAUCUCCAAAAUUGCAUGCAUGCAGUUACAAGAAGCAUGGAUGGCUUUUGGCAUAUUGCAAGGAACACAAGUCAACCUCUCUGCUGAGACACUUCCUCCUCUGCUUUGGUCUUCUUGCACCAGAACUUCUUGCAGAGGAUCCCCUCAAAGUGUUUCUUAUUGAACAGCUGGAGGGUAAGAAGGAAUCAUCUGGUGUAGCACCAGGAUUUCCACAUAUCUGUGUCAGUGGCUCUGGGAUUCCCUAGCAGAAUGUUAAAUAUUGCACAGAGGGCCAAAAUGAACCAGCGGGUGGAAGAUAACAGGGAUAGAAGGGACGUGGGUGGCGCUGUGGUCUAAACCACUGAGCCUCAUGGGCUUGCCGAUCAGAAGGUUGGUGGUUCAAAUCCCCACAAUGGGGUGAGCUCCGGUUGCUCUGUCCCAGCUCCUGCUAACCUAGCAAUUCAAAAGCACACCAGUGCAAGUAGAUAAAUAGGUACCACUGCAGCAGGGAGGUAAAUGGCCUUUCUUUGUGCUCUGGUUUCCAUCACAGUGUUCCAUUGCACCAGAAGCAGUUUAGUCAUGCUGGCCACAUGACUCAGAAAGCUGUUUGCAGACAAACGCCAGCUCCCUUGGCCUGAAAGCAAGAUGAGCACCACAACCCCAUAAUUGCCUUUGACUGGACAUAACCGUCCAGGGACCCUUUACCUUUACCUAGAGGUGCAGCAUGGUGUAAGUUUUGGAGUGCUGGACUAUGACUGGGGAGGACCAAGUUUCAGAUCCCUGCUGGGCCAUGGAAACUCACUCUUUCAGCCUAGCCUACGUCACAAGGAUACUGUGAAGAUGAGAGGGGGACUAUGGGCUUCUUGAAAGAAAAAUGGGACAAAAAUGUUGUACAUAUAUGUAAAGUAUACAAGAACUUGGAAGAAACCAGGCUACCACAUAGAAUUACCAAUUAAAGCAUUUACAAUUAAUAUGGGACUUGAAUGGGAGUUUAGAUGAUUGAGAUUGAGCUUGUUUCAACAUGCUGUUUUUCCUCUGCUCAAUGCAGGUCAGUGCUGCUGCUCCUGAAGAACCCAACCUUCAUCUUCCUUUGCUUAGCUGGAGCAACAGAAGCCACACUCAUUGCUGGGAUGUCCACCUUCGGCCCCAAGUUUCUGGAAUCCCAGUUUAGCUUAAGUGCCUCGGAAGCAGCAACCUUGUUCGGUAAGGAAAUAUUUGUUAGGGGCCAUUGCAGGUUGCUUACACCUUCUUAAGCGAUUGGGCGUGUACGGCCCGGUUCGCACAACAUGCCAAGCCAAACGUUGGUACAGUUAGACCCACAUGAAUGGAAGUGUCCCUUAACCGAGGCUGGCAGCCACUUUGCUGCUAACCAGUCCUUUUUGCUGCUGCACCUUGUUGCAUACCCCACAAAUGUCCCAGAAAAACAGUGAUCUCGCACAAUUGUGCACUGAGAACUCACACCAAAGAAAGCAUGUCUUCUGGGUUCUGUUAUCUUGCCCAGGUCACGUGAGUACAGAUGGGAAGAUGUGUGUCCCAGUUUUGCAACUCAACAUGGUGUUGGCCUAAGGCAAGGUUUGGCUUAGUGUGUUGUCUGAACUGGUAGGGGUGCCAACUUGAAUAAAAUAUUGGGGGGGGGGAGCGAUUGGUUCUAUUACGUAAAUUGUAUGCCAACCUGCAUCCUCUUCUGUCCCCCCUUUUUGGAAUAGGGGUGUUGGUGGAUUUUAUCUUUCUUUUCUGUAAAGUGGAAGUGGUCACCCCACCCAGAAGCCCCUACAACACUGCCAGCUCCAGAAGGGCUGCCUGGGUAAACAGAAUUUCUCCAGAAACGAGGAGUACAGUAUAAGCAUGGAAGCUUCUCACCUCCAGCUCUGGGUCUGGGAUAGCAGAGGGCCAAUCCAAAGGGUGCUGGCUCUAGCCUGGUGCCAGGCUGCACAACCAGCUCCCCUAGUGGUUACAGUCACCAGGUAGCCAACUCCUAAAUAGCACCCCACACAGUAAAUGGCUGUGUAAUUUGUAUUCCAAGCUCCUUAAAUGGUAGUUCCUAGGUGGUGUUCCAUCCAGAUACUGGCCAUGGUGAGCCUUUUUCAUUUGCAUUCCUAAUGAUGUAUGUUCCAGCUGGCAUCAAGUUGGUUUUAUGCAAUCCUGCUUUCAGUAAAGUCUCAGGUUGGAGACGCUGCUUCAUUCCCAAUUGGCUCAUGUCCUGUUUGCUCCCUGCUGAUCUGGGUCCCCUCUGCCAAACAUUCAUUUCAAGUGCUGUAGCAAAGAGUGCCCCUCCAGCUUGCAAAAAAUGUGAUAAUAUUGAAGAAGCAGAGCAACUAAUAAAGCAAAAUGGUUUUGGGGUGGCCCAAUGUAAAUGCACCACUAAUGCACAAUUAUUGCAUCAAAUGCAAGUUGCAGAGUCUGCCCAUCCACAAACAAAUACCCUACCAGCCUGGAGGGACCCAAUUGCAUCACAAGCUUUCUGGGGCUAUUUGUUUCAUUGAACAGAUACUCAUUAUUCCUUCCAAUGUUGCUGCAGCCUGUGUUCGAGAUCAGUGGGAGAUCUGUCCUAUCACAAAGGGGUUCUUAGUCUGUGCUGCCAAGAGCUUCCUCUGUGUUUUCAGACGGGCAUGAUUGCAAAAGAUAAAGGAAAGCACCUUAACCACAUAUGUGAUCUUGCCGAUUUCUUCUCCUUUUGGAAGGCUACCUCGUGGUUCCAGCUGGAGGAGGAGGCACAUUCCUCGGAGGCUUCAUCGUGAACAAAUUUAAGCUGCGCUGUUCGGGGAUUAUCAAGUUCUGUUUGUUUUGCACCAUGUCCAGCUUGCUGGCCAUUUUCAUCUUUUUCAUCGACUGCCCCAACAUGCCCAUGGCUGGAGUGACACAGAUGUAUGACAGAAGGUAGGAGACAUGAUAAGCCAUGUCACUCUGCUGAUGCUAUUGAUGCUGAGGAUGCAGCAAAGGGGGGAACUCAGGAUUAUCAAUGUAUGAAAUUGAGACCAGGGUUCACAUCCCCACUCAGCCAUGAAGCUCCCUGGGUGACCUCAGGCCAGUAACCUCGGACUUGCAGCCUAGUUAAAAUGGAAGGGUAGAGAGAAAAACUAUGGGAAACUUCCCCUGGGAAGAGGGAUUGAUUGUUAAACCCCUCUGAAAAUUGUAGCUCUGUGAGGGGCCUCCUAACAACUCUCAGCACCCUUAACAAACUGCAGCUCCCAUAAUCCUUUGGGGGAAGCCAUGGCUGUCUAAAGUGGUGUAAGGUAAAAGUAAAGGGACCCCUGACCGUUUGGUCCAGUCGUGGCCGACUCUGGGGUUGCAGUGCUCAUCUCGCUUUAUUGGCCGAGGGAGCCGGCGUACAGCUUCCGGGUCAUGUGGCCAGCAUGACUAAGCCGCUUCUGGGGAACCAGAGCAGCACACGGAAAGGCCAUUUACCUUCCCGCCGGAGCGGUACCUAUUUAUCUACUUGCACUUGAAAGUACUUUUGAACUGCUAGGUGGGCAGGAGCAGGGACUUAACAAUGGGAGCUCACCUCGUUGCGGGGAUUCGAACCGCCAGCCUUCUGAUUGUCAAGUCCUAGGCUUUGUGGUUUAACCCACAGCGCCACCCAUGUCCCUUAAAGUGGUGUCAUAAUGCAUUAAAUGUAUCUUAUGAAUGUGGCCCAUCUGUGGACACUUCGAGAGGCUAAAUGUUGUGUGUGUUGGCAACUUCUCUGCUUUGUCCAGCAUCUUACCCGAAGGCCGCCUCAACCUGUCCGCCUCUUGCAAUGUGGAGUGUGAUUGUCUGCGAGAGAUGUACAGCCCUGUGUGUGGAAAUGAUGGUAUCAUGUAUUACUCCCCCUGCCAUGCAGGGUGCAAGAAGGUAUCAACCAGCCACGACAGCGGGAAAAAGGUAUGAUCUACGGAAAAGAUCUGCUCUGUCUUGUUGUCAGGGUCUGGGCAGAGGAGGAAUGGUGGCAUACAACCAAGGAAAUGGGGGCAGUUGGCAGGGCCCCAGCUGGCUCUAGCCCACCGGCCAGUGUGCCGGGCAAUCUCCAGUCCUUGGUGCAGCAUCUGCAACUCACAGCUUCAAAAGCAGAGACAACACACAAACAGAAGUGCCAGGAGAGUAUGUGUGAGCAGAUUUACAAGCAGUUUAUUCAGCAUAGGUAAAGGUAAAGGGACCCCUGACCAUUAGGUCCAGUCGUGGCCGACUCUGGGGUUGCGGUGCAUCUCGCUUUAUUGGCUGAGGGAACCGUCAUACAGCUUCCGGGUCAUGUGGCCAGCAUGACUAAGCCGCUUCUGGUGAACCAGAGCAGCACACGGAAAUGCCAUUUACCUUCCCUUUUUAUCUACUUGCACUUUGACAUGCUUUCGAACUGCUAGGUUGGCAGGAGCUGGGGCGGAGCAACGGGAGCUCACCCCAUCAUGGGGAUUUGAACCGCCGACCUUCUGAUCGGCAAGUCCUAGGCUCUGUGGUUUGACCCACAGCGCCACCCAUACAUCAGGACAAAAGGAAAACAUGUCUGAUCCCUUUCGUGUCCAAAGCAAGGCAGCAUAAGCAAAAGCUAUACAAAAACAGAAGUUCCCAGCAAGCUGUGCUGGAGUGUAAACAGACAUGUGACAUACAACAAUUCCACAUGUCUGUUCUUAAGGUGGAACAGAAUAUUCUAACAGCCUCCCCAGCCUGACCCUUCCAGAGAAGAAGGAGAUAAUUCAGAAUUAUAACAGGGGUUUGAGGGAAGUCACAGCUCAAAGGCAGAUGAGGGGAAGCUGGGAAAUAAUGGGAGAGAAGGAGGAAGAAGAAGAAGCACCAGGGGAGAGACAGCUGAUGGACUCAGUGUCUUUAUAAAGCAUUCCAGACCCCCCCUCCCAGAACACAGCGGGCCUUGAAAGUAGGAGAGCAAAGAACUCAAAGGCAAAAGGCCCUCUCCAGCCCCUGUAGUGAUGACUCAUGAGGAAGUGGGAUAGAUGGAGGGGGUGGGGUUUCACUUGGAGCAACGCCAUUACUCCAAUAUGCUGCAUUUCUAAGCCUCUCUCUGUGAAUAUUGAAUAAAAAGCAUUGGUAAGAACUUUCCUUGUCUUAUCCAUUCCUGGCAAUCUACCGAUGAUGGUUGGAUCCUCUGACGCCUGACACCUGUAGAUGCCAUGAAGCCUGCUUCAUCACAGUUUAGUCAAGCUGUGGACAGAGCUAAAAUUAACUGGGAGGGAGGGGGGUUCUAAAACAAUUUCCCCUUCAGAUGUGUGUGUGUGUGUGUGUGUGCACGCAUGUAAUUUUUAUUCAAUUGUAUUAACACAAAGUGUAGAAUGCAUCCUGGUAUGUAUGAGGUGUGUGCCUCAUUGGUUGCUCUAUCUCAGCAUUGUCUAUAAUAGCUUCCGACAUCCUGGUAACCACCAGAUGUUUUUGGACUAGUCUGAUGAAAGUUGUAGUCCAAAACAUCUGGAGCUCACCAGGUUGUCGGAAGCUGCUCAGUGCUGUUUGGAAGUGACUCUCUGGGGUUUCAGACAGAGGUCUUCUCAAGUCCCAUCUAGAGAUGUCCAAGAUUGAACCUGAGACAUUUUGCAUGCAAAACACCAAGUUGUGGUGCCACCUCAAUAUGCAAAUGAAAAGCAUCUUUGCUUCCCAGCAUGUGGGCAAGUAGCAUGUUUUGGCAGAGCGUGUGGAUUUCUUCUAAAUGGGACCUUCUCUUGUUGUAUGCUUGACAAGGUUUACCACGAGUGCAGCUGUAUACUUGAUGCUCCCGUUGCAUCUGGCUUGGCGACCGCAGGAAAGUGUACCUCCUCGUGUGAGAGAAGGACCCUCCUCCUGCUUUUCAUGUUUGUGGUCAUCCUCUUCACAUUCCUGAGCAGCAUUCCUGCUCUGACGGCCACUUUACGGUAAGCCGCAAAAUUCUACUCCAUGUUGAUCCACAGCAGAUUCCAAUGUACAGUUAGCAGAGCAAAAACUUAAACACGUUGUAGGAUUCCCCAAAAAGUAGCAGAGCUUUUCUGCUACUGAAGGCAAAUGAACAUAAUGGUCAAAAAUCCAAUACAUUCAGGAUUGCCACUGUCCAUAAGAAAUCCAGUUGCAGCAGACUUAACUUAAACUUACAAUAACUUAUAAUAAGUCUAAGCAUACAGAAGACCACACCAGAGAGAAAAGAGAUAGGAAGAGAAAGUGAGUGAAACCCGGGCUCCUUCCAGCCUAUUUUUAUAGCCAGCAUGACCUUGACUGAAAAAAGAUAACAGAACCAGUUUAAGGCAGCUGUACUCAGCUUCUCUGAAAGAAUAACCCAAACAUCAUGAACCUUCUGCUUGCAUCUUUCACACAGAGAAGCUUCUAGAACCCUCUUGAAUUAAGUAGAAUAGGAAAGAUCUCUACACAUCAGAUCAAUACUUUCUGUAACAGGGCUGUCUUUAGCGUAUGUGCCGCCGGGGUGCAAAGAUCUGCCCAGCGCCCCCAAAUUUAGUUUAGCUGCCCCCAAAUUAACUUUUUAAAGCUUUUUUGGGAGAGGGAGGAAGUUGUUGAGCUUUUUUGGGGGGGGGGAAUCACUCACCUGUAACGACGACGCAGCAGGGGAAAAAUAUUUGAUGCUGUGGAGGGGGGAGACUUUCGCUCCAUUGCUUUUCACUGCCGCCAAUUGAGAGGGAGCCGGUAUACAUUUGGCGUCCCCCAGAAUUUGGCACCCAUGUGCCCUGCACCCCUUGCACCCCCAGGUAAAGACGGCCCUCUUCUGUAAUAAGAAAUGCAAACUGACAUGACCACGCUGCCUGCAGCUACUGUGGUUCAGGCUUCAACAACAAUUGGAGGGCCACACCCCUGACUUAACAGUCUGGUUUAAUAUUGGCUGCACAUAUAUAUGCAACCAAGUCAGAGACACUUAGCAGCCAGAUGGGCAUGCUUGAGUUCUGUAUAAUGAGAAUCACAUAGCUUCCAGGAUUUUGGAACAUGUGUUGGACCGAAUAUCUGUGUCUCUUUUUUUCUGGUAGGCAGAAACAACUGCCAUGACUUGGAGCCAUCAGGAUCUUUUUACAAAAUUAUAUAUCAGAGGCAUUUUAAUAUUUAACAUGAACCAGAUCACUGUGCCCUUAACUAUUGAAGCCCACAAUUUGGUGGUAUUAUGGGAAACAGAGCUGCUGCGCUGCUCAAGGGUUGUUCCUGCUCGCCGUCAUUUAUAAAUGUUUUGUCUUAUGCUUCCUAGGUGCGUCUCAGACAGGCAGCGAUCGUUUGCUCUGGGGAUCCAAUGGAUUGUAGUCCGGACACUUGGUACACUAUACAGCUAAGAUCUAAUAAUCUACCCCUUGCAUAUGAUGUUUAUUGACAUAACUCUUGCUCAGGAUAAAAUCAUGUAGGCUAUGAAGACAUUCUAUAUGUCUGUAGAAGCAAAAUACAACAACAGCCCACAAAUGCUGGACCAGUUGGCACAUUGACCUUUAAUAUACAACUGCCUCCUUCUUAAAAACAACCACCACCACAAAAACAAGUUAGCUGAGAAGGUAGGAUGGUGUGUAUUUGAACAGAAAUGGUCAGCAUCUGCAGACCUGCACACAUUUAGUCCAAGCAUGUCUUGGACCUGCACACAUUUAAUCCAAGCAUGAUGACACUCUCCUCUUUUUACUUUUGUUGUGGCAGUGAUGUUCCUAUGACCCAAUGCUUAGCAUUGGGCUACCUCCCCUUUCUGAAAAGACUACAGCAUAGAGAUCUCCAUAAAUUGGACUAGCUGGGCCUAGAGUCUGGCUCCUUCUGUGUCCAUUGUGUUCUGCUCAGAGUAAAGGUAAAGGUCCAGUCAUGACCGACUCUGGGGUUGCGGUGCUCAUCUCGCUUUACUGGCCAAGGGAGCCGGCGUACAGCUUCCGGGUCAUGUGGCCAGCAUGACUAAGCCGCUUUUGGCGAACCAGAGCAGUGCACGGAAAUGCCGUUUACCUUCCCACCGGAGCGGUACCUAUUUAUCUACUCGCACUUUGACGUGCUUUCGAACUGCUAGGUUGGCAGGAGCAGGGACCGAGCAACGGGAGCUCACCCCGUCACGGGGAUUCAAACCACCGACUUUCUGAUCGGCAAGUCCUAGGCUCUGUGGUUUAACCCACAGCGCCACCCGUGUCAGAGUACAACUAUUGAAAAGAUUGGACCCAUGUUAGUCAUGUCCAUUAAUUUCAAUGGUUCUGCUCUGAGUAUGGCUAGCAUUGGGUCCGGCCCUGUAUUUCUAGAGAGCACUGUUGCAUUCUGAGGAAUUACAGUGUGGAGCAGAGAUCCUUGUGCUGUGCCAACAGACUGGGAACUUUUAUUCACCCAAGAAACACACAUUCAUGCUAUUAUUCAAGGGUGUGUCCUUGUGUAUAUAUAAAACACUGCUCUUGUAGCUGGCCUUUUAAAAGAUAUCAUAAAAUGACCUAAGCAGGUAUUGUUUUCCCAAGUCUUCUCCAGUGAUUAUUUCCAUCUAAUCACCGAAGCAGGAUUUUCAGACCAAAUUUAAUGCCAACUAACACAACAGAAGGCUUCCCGCGGAGGUCCACAAUACCAGCGUUUCCAGAUAUGCUAGAAUCGGUUUGGGUGGAGCACGGCUAGUGUGAGAUUUAUCCAACAGCAGGCGUCUCUCUCAUUUCUGUCUUUGCAUAGGUGGUAUUCCAGGACCAAUUGCUUUUGGGUCGAUGAUUGACAGGUCGUGUCUCCUUUGGCAGAACCAGUGCGGUGAACAAGGAUCGUGCUAUGUCUACCAGAACUUUGCUAUGAGUCGAUAUACCCUGGUCGCAGGUGUUAUAUACAAGGUAGUCCUAAAUUAUUUUCGUCUCCACCAUUUAGUGAACCUCAACAGAGAACUUUUCCAGCCCUCUGUUCCAUCCUGCAUCUGUCAGCAUGGGGCACCAUGAGGACUGGUCACUUGGCUUUGCAAGUUUAUUCCCGGCAUCUCCGGGUAGGGCUGGGAGAGUCUCCAGUCUGAAAACCUGGUGAGCUGCUGGCAGUCAGUGUAGACAAUAUUGAGCUACGUGGACCAGUGGUCUGACUUGGUAUAAGUCAGAUUCUGCUGUUCAUGGCGGAACCUCUGCUGCGUGCCAAAACUAGGGCUGAAUCCUCACACACGUGUGGCUGGGUUGUACUAAUUCAGGUUUCGCUUGCUGUUCAUACGACCAAAUGGUUCUUCAUUUAGAAGCUUAGCUCCGCAUGCAAAACUAAAUGGGAUCGCACUCGCUUGCAGUCUGAAGUGGUACAGCCCAGGUGUGUCAGGGACUGACUAGACAGGGAGGAAUUGGUGGGGGGCUACAGCCGGGGAAUGCUCCCAGGGAAGCAUCCAAGUGGGAAGCCAGGAGAAUGGUGGUGGGGUUCAGGAGACAGGCCAGAGGAGGAAGAGGGUGCAGACGGGUUGGAGGCUGAGCAAGCAACAGGUUUAAGUGAGCUCUAAGUGCCCACUCUGGCACGUGUGCCAUAGGUGUGCCACCACUGCCAUAGGUGUUCCCCUGGCUUUGCUUCUAGUCUGUGUACUCAGAGGUUUCCUUCCUCUAGAAGUGGUGAUCAUUAUGAAGACUGGCACAAACUUCAAUGUUCUAGCACUGGGAGGGAGGGAGCCAGGAGUGCUAGGUGUUUAUGGACCCCAAGUUGCACCAACCCCACCCAGCUUGUCCAGAGCUAUAGGGAAGGGCCAUAGCUCGGAGAUAAAGCUCCUGCUUUGCAUGGAGAAGGUCCCAUCUCUGGUAUCUCCAGGUAGGACUGGCAAUGUCCUCUGCCUGAAACCCUGGAGAGCCAACACCAAUCUCUGUAGAUAAUGAUGAGAAAGAUGGACCAGUGGUCUAACUCAGUGCUUGGCAACUUCUGAUACUCCUGGGAUCAGGGGUGAUGGGAGUUUUUUCCCAAAACAGAAAGACACAAGGCUGGGGAACACCUUGGAUGGCCCAUCAGAAGGGACAAAAGUGGUCUUUAUUUUUGCCGUCUGCUGAGAAGAUCAGGACUUAUGGAAAGAGUACAUAAGUUGAAAGCCUUGGUGUCUUUUAGGUGAUUGGAUCCUUCUUCUUCCUGCUUGCUUGCGCGCUCUACAAACCACCUCCCCCUGAAUCUGUUCCGGGAAGCUCUGACGCCUCUGAAAAUGGCAACUGCGAUGUCCAAGAGAACAAAUACCCACAUCAAUCUCAAGACGACGUAUAG